AUGGAAGGAAACCUUGAGGAUACCUUCCUUGGAGUGCUUGACUGGCCAGCUUUCGUCUCGUCUGCGGCCAGAUCAGAUCACCGACGGGUUUCGUCCCGUCUUCCGUCGCCGUUGUCAACGUCUGGGACCCGGGCGGAGGAGGGGGCCGUAGCCAUCUACACGAGGCAUCUCGAGACUGGUUUCUCGCUGGUGUCCGUGUCAGAGACUCAAAGACCCCAAAACAUUGGACGACGUCUGUCGGGGUUUUUUGUCUGCCCAUCCCCACCCCCGUAG